UCCUGCAUUUUGACUUGGAACCAAAAUUGAAUCCUCUAAACCCAGACACCCGCAGACAGCAGAGACCCACUCUCGAGCCUCCCCUCCAGCCCUCCACUCUCACCUCUCGCUCUCAGUUCCCACUUCCCAGUCUCCACCUCGAGCUUCCGGCGCAACCUCCGUCCUGCCACCGCCGCCAUCGCAAGGUCCGUGGAAGUCACUCACCGUCGCAAGUUCCUUUCAGCCAGCUUUCUUUUCAGCCGUCGAAAUCGCAGCCACCGCCGGCGCCAGUUUCCAUCGCAACCUUCCUUCCCUUCCAUCGCGCAGCCACCGUGCGAACGUGGAAGCCUCCGUCGUGCAGCCACGCCGCCGCCGGUGCUAUCUCUGUUCCACCGCAGCCACUGUCCUGUUCGAAGCCCGUUCGAAGGUGCGCCUUGUCUCCGUGUCUCUCUCUUGCGGGCUCUGUUGAAGGCUUCUUCUAGCUUCUAGGAAGACGACCUUGAACUUCCGCCGUCUUGUCGCCGUCCGUCCUCCACUGCGAUCGAAGAUACAAAAUUGACAAAAGGCGAAUCCAUCAACAUGGAUAGGAUCAGUAACUUACCGAACUCUAUCCUUUGCGACAUUCUCUCAUACCUCCCAACAAAACAAGCUGUAUCCACCAGCAGCCUCUCUCGCAGGUGGCGCCAUGUUUGGAAGGAUGUCCAAGUCCUUGACAUACGUGAAGAACCCUUUUGUUCCUCUGGGGAUCCCAGCUUAGAUUCUUUUGUCAAUGCUAUUCUAGCUCAGCGCAAUGCAGAUUUGUACCCCAUCAAAAAGCUCCGCCUCACUUGCAAAAGUUUUACGGUGGAUCCCAUCUCAACAUCGCUUAAUGCCGUCAUUGGCCCCUGUCUUCAGGAACUACAUCUCAGCCUUAAAGUAAACGUAAUGUUUAGAAUGAACUUGCCUAAAGCCAUAUUCACUUGUACAUCACUUACGUCCCUUGUCUUGAAACAUGAUAUUUCAUUGAAUUAUGGUCCGGAGUUUCCAGAUGUAUAUCUGCCAUCCCUCAAGAACCUAGAGUUGCAAAUUGACGAAGUGGACAACAAGUUUUUUUCUGGCUGCCCUGUUCUUGAAAAUCUUGAGCUCAUUCUACAGCACAUGAGCUCAGUCUGCCCAGAAGGUUAUGUUUAUAUACCUACAAUUCAGAUGCCUCACACAUUGAAGAGUUUAACCUUUGAAGAUUACUCUACCUUGUGUCAUGAGAUCAGCCAUCGUGUGAUAGACACACCAUCUCUUGAAUACCUCCAUCUGAAAAUAAUGACGUCGGUGUUUUCUGAGCUACACAUGUCGGUUAGCCAUUUUCCCAACAUGGUGGAGGCACAUGUUGAUAUUCAGGAAUGUGAGUCACGUGUUAAUAUUAACGGUGCAUUUUUUGAACAUGUCUGUUGGGUGCCCAUGCUUCUCCAGGCACUUCGUGAAACAGAGUUGUUGACAUUGAAACGUUACACAACUAUGUGCUUAUUUGGUGCUCCAGCUUUCAAGUUUCCAGAAUUUCACUAUUUGCUCUAUCUAGAGCUUGAUUUUCAAUUUUUCAACACAAACUUCCUGCUAAACUUCCUUCACAGCUGUCAUGUACUUGAAGCUCUCGUAAUUUAUAAUUGGGAGAAACUCUAUCACCUCCCCAUGGACUAUAAUGGACCAACACCACCAACCAUGGUUCCCAGUUGUGUGACAUCACAUCUCAAGAAUUUUGAGUUUAUAGAAUAUCAAGACGCUGCAGAUGAGCGUGAAUUUGUUGCAUAUCUUUUACAAGAAGGACUUGUUUUGGAGACAGUGACAAUUCAACUUAAAUCCAAUUUAGACCUAGAGACAAAGGACAAUAUUGUCAAGGGUUUAUCUGCUCUACCGAGGGGCUCUACAAUAUGUCAGUUAAAUUUCUUUAAAAUCCCAUUUAACAUGGUAUGAACUCACACUAUCUCUAUCCUUAUCCUCUGUUGUUCGUUGAUCAAAACUGUUGACAAAAUAUCAUGUUGGAGUCUUAGAGUUUUAUAUUAUUAAAGUUGCACAACAUUGAAAUAAAUCAAAAAAAUUUUGAUGA